AUGUCUUCCAGUGCCGAAGAAAGUCCUUUGCAUAAUCAAAACAAAAUCGUCUCAGCUACUCAGCCUAUCUCUUCGACAGCAAUGUCUGUAGGAGUCACCGAGGCUUGGGCUGGUUUAGAUACAAGCACCCAGCCUCAGCUUAAAGUUGAACCGAUGCCACCGUUCAACGGACCCUCCUUGGCUUUGAAUCUCUCUCACUCAUUAUCACCAAACACUCGAGUAGAACCACUCCAUCCUCAAUCUCCCCCAUAUCCUCUUCAUUCGACUGCCUCUCGUCUUCAUUUUCACUCCUCUGUCCUGUCCAUGACUCCGACUACUGCCUCUUCCUCACCUUUAGCUUCUUCAAAAAUCAUGAUGCAUACCUCGCAGUUACCUCCGAUGCCUCCUUCUUUAUCUAUGUCGCAUCCUUCACACCAUCUUCAUCACCACAAUGCCAUUGGGGCUAGUCCUCCCGGACUAUCACAGCAAAACUCGUUUGAGCUGGCUCAUUUGAACGAGCUUAUGACGGGUGAGCUGGUAGUCAGCAAGUCUUCUUCAGCCCUUCAAUCGAGCGGUUCCAGUAACAGGCUGCCUCCACCCGCUUCUAUGCCAUCUUUGCCAAAUCAUACGAUGUUUCAUGGCCAAGCAUCGUCAUUCAUCUCGAUGCAGCAGCAGGUACAAUCCCAGCCGCUGUCCUCAACCUCGCACUCUAACCAAGGUGCGUUUCAGUCCAACCAGCCUACUAUGAUCUCAGCUUACUCUACUCAUCAAGGUCAACAGAAACAGCAGCCAUAUCAUUGUGCUUCAGAUUCUACUAUGAGCCGUGGGCCGUCCUCCUCAUCGAGUUGCUCUACUUCUUCAAGCGCAACGCUUCACCAAGGCCCAUAUCAGUUGAGCACCGUCAGUAGUGGAGGUGAUGAUGCUUGUAGUAACACACAUUGUGGCAUCAACCAAAACAAUGCUGCAAUGACAGUACUUGGCUCAACUUCUGCAGGAACUCGCUUUAAUGAUGUGGAUUUUAACAAGAACUCUGGGGCCCCUACCACUGAAAAAGUAUGA